GGACGGACAAGUACUGUGCACCCCUUUGGCUGUUUCAUUGAAAGAUGGACACCCCUGACUCAGCCAGAUGUGACGCAGGAGGAGGCCCCAAUGCCAUGACUAUUGAGGGCAGUGGGAAAUUCUGGGAAAGACCCAUGCAGACAUUCCUAAGUGUGGCUAGCUCAGACAUACAGCAUCAGCAAUUCAGGCAAUUCCUGUAUCAAGUGGGCAAAGGCCCUCAAGAGAUCUGUGGGUGCCUCCAUGCUCUGUGCCAACAGUGGCUGAAGCCAAAAGAAUGGAGCAAACAACAAAUGCUGGACCUGGUGAUCCUGGAGCAGUUCCUAAGCAUCCUUCCCCCAGAUAUGGCAACCUGGAUCAGGGAAUGUGGGGCUGAGACCUGUUCCCAGGCGGUGGCCUUGGCGGAAGGAUUCCUCCUGAGUCAGGCAGAGGACAAGAAGCCAGAAGGACAGGCCAAAAAUCUGUAUGUGGAAGUUCAGUUGGAUCUCCCUGCCUCAGAGGAGUCUCCAUCAGAGACAACCUGUAGCCCUCAAUGGAAGGAACUUGAGCAGGAGAGAGACACGGCUGCGGCCUUGCAGGGGGCUGGAACAAUGCCAUUAAGCCCUCAGUCGCUUCUUUCCAUUUGCAAUGGAGUGGAACCAAUUGAGGGGCCUGUGAGCUUUGAGGAUGUGGCCAUCCAUUUCUCCCCUGAGGAAUGGGCUUUUCUGGAUGCUGAUCAGAGAGCCCUGCAAGCGCAGAUCAUGGAAGAGACCUGUGGAAUAGUAGCCUCACUUGCAGAUAACUGGAGUGAGAGCUUUGUCUGCACCAAAUGUGGGAAGUGCUUUUGGCACAAAUGGGAGCUGACCAGACACCAGCAAGCCCACCUGGAAGAGGAAAAUCCUACCAGCGAGAAAGCCUUCCAGUGCAAUGCCUGUGGGAAAGAUUUUGCCCAAAAUAUGGCACUUGUGCUUCACAAGAAACUUUGUGCUGGAAAAAAUGGAGGAGCCUUUGAUUUUGAUUUCAAAUUGACCCAUUUAAGAUGUCAAACAGACUACAAAGGAAAGAAAACACACAAAUGCCAGGAGUGUGGGAAAUCCUUUGCUGGCAGAACAAUAUUACUGGUUCACCAGAGAGUCCACACAGGAGAGAAACCGUUCAAAUGCCCAGAGUGUGGGAAAUGUUUUUCAGCAAGUUCCAACUUUGUUACUCACCAGAGGCUCCACACAGGAGAGAAACCAUACAGAUGCCAGGAGUGCGGGAAAUGCUGCACCCGGAAGUCAGAGCUCGUCAUCCAUGAAAGGGUCCACAUAGGAGAGAAACCCUUUAAGUGCCAGGAGUGUGGGAAAUGCUUCUCUCAAAACUCAACUCUUGCCACACACUGGAGGGUCCACACAGAAGAAAAACCAUACAAGUGCCAGGAAUGUGGAAAAUGGUUUGCUCACAAAUCAUCGCUUCUGGUCCACCAAAGAAUACAUACAGGAGAGAAACCAUACAAAUGCCAGGAAUGUGGGAAAAGCUUUGUCCACAGUUCACAUCUUGUGACCUACCAGACACUCCACACAGGUGAGAAACCCUACAAAUGCCAAGAGUGUGGGAAAUGCUUUGCUCACACGUCACACCUUGUGACCCACCAGACCCUCCACACCAGAGAAAAACCAUAUGAAUGCCUGGAAUGUGGAAAAUGUUUUGCUACAAAUUCAAGCCUUGGUAGCCACAUUAGAGUCCACACAGGAGAGAAACCAUACAAAUGCCAGGAGUAUGGGAAAACCUUUGCGUACAGUUCACACCUUAUGCCUCACCAGAUACUCCACACAGGAGAGAAACCAUACAAAUGUCUGGAGUGGGCACAGGCGGGGAAUGGCCUCUCGGAAGCGAGGAGCAGCGUCUCAGUACUGAGGCCUCCACCUCCUGCCAACAGCAGUGUCUCGGUACCAAAGGCCAUCCCAUCUGCAGCUCCCACGGCUGCCUUGGGGGCUGAAAUCCACCCGACUCCGAAUGGGGAUGGCGAUAAUGCCUCAGUGGUCUUGGACCUGGAGGAUUCCCUCCCAAUGGCCGGUGAAGCCCAGGCAGACAGAUGGCACAUUAGGGGGCUUACAAGCCAGGCUAUCAGAGCUACCAAGAUUGCCCCUUAUCUGGACCUUCUCCCGGCUAAUGAUCAGACCCUGGCAAGGGCCUUUCAUCAAAAGGCCUCUCUGUUGGCCACUUUUCAGAAGGAGCUGGCUAAGCACACGGCCGAUGCUUCCAGAAAAUUGCUUGCAACUACAGUGUCCCUGAGACGCCACACGCGGCUGAGGGCCUCAAGGCUUUCUCAGUCGGCACGAGCCAUCAUAGAAGAUCUACCCAUCAAUGAGUCUGACCUCUUUAAUCCAGAGACCGACACACAGGCCUUGGGUCUCAUGAUCAACUUUGAGAAGUCCAAACUGGUCCCAACCCUGUGUAUCAAUUUCAUCGGUGCCAUCAUCGAUUCGACUGAAAAAAAGCUUUUCUCCCGGAGGGCCGUUCCCGUGUCAUCAGAUCCAUCAUAA